AUGUUUAAGUUCUCUUUGACGACUCUUUAUGGCGCCUGCACACUUUUCAAGUUAUUGCUUUCCAUCAAAGCCACACCCGCUCAAGCCGAUCAGACCUCAGCAGCAACUCAGGACAAUGCAGCAUCAAAAAGAAAGGCGGGAUUGGACUCUUCUGACGAUGAAGAUCAUUUAUCGGAGGAAGACACUAUGGUCACAAAGGCGGCAACGAAGAAGGUGAAGAAGAAGAAGAAGACAAGGUCGAAGCAGGACGAUCUUGAGAAUCAUUUUUUGAAAGACUUGUCUCCCGCCCAGCGAAAACUAGCGGAGGCUACAGAUAGGAAGCUCAAGAAUGAUUUGGACCGACACAAAGCUGGACCACUUUUCCCAAUGAUUCUCCCUGGGGAAAUGGAGGGGACCUACAUCUUUGUCUGCCGGAAGAAAUACAGACAGCUGGCGCGCAACGUUUUAAAAGGGAUCGUUCCGUUUCUGACCCACCACUUGUAUGAACCUACCAUCGUCCAAGCUGAUCAGACCAUGGGCAAAUGGAUCCCUAAGUCCGAAAUUCAGUUGGCUCAACAAACUUUGGAGUUCCUGGAUGACGUCAUUGAGGAUACCACGGAUAUUUACCAGGGUCAGCUCUCCAUUGACAUGGAUAUGGCCAAUGCUAAGGACAUCGAUGACAGAAAGACAGUUACAGGAAUGCUUGAUGAGAUGCAGCAGCGCGAACGACAACUUGAGGAUGCCUUUGCUAAGCUCGAUGCUCUUCAACGCCAGACGGCCAACCACUUGGCAAUUUCCUCCCAAUCCUCCAGCAACCACAAGGUCUCACCAGAUUGUCCGGAGCCUACCAAGCCACCAAAAAAGAAGAAAGGCAAGUCCGACACUUCUGCUAACAGGGCUCGCACUUUGGAUGAUCGAAAGCCUCCACCAAAGCAAUCGCGUUCUCAGUGGGGUAUUCACUUCCAGCAGCAGACCCUGCCUACUCAGAUCAAUCCGCCAGAGUCGCAGAUUCAAGAAGUGGAUGCAACUCCGAUGGACGGCGACACUACUACAGCAGUGUCACAGGAUGAGAGCCAAACCUCUUCAUUGACAGUGGCUUCGCCUGGCGGAGUCCAUCCCUUCUUCCUAUCCCCUUCUGGCAACUCCAGUGAUGGAUCGGUUCAGCCGCCCUCCUCUUUGACCGGCCGCGGAGCAGAUCGCUCCGCGGCAGGGUCAUGA